CCGGCUGCUACACAGCUAAACAGAAACGUUUUGCCACUCGAACGCAACGAGACAAUAUUACAAAUUAUUAAAAAACAGCAAAUAUAUACCAAAAGGAACUAUACAAUGUCGGCAGCUAAUAAAGUGAACUAUUUAGUCGGCGCCACAUCGCGUUACAUUGCCGGACGCCAUGCUGUACAGACGGUCUAUUGGCGCACCUCCGCCGGACCCGAUUCCCGCAUGCUGAAGACUAAGAAGACCUGCGAAUUCGAUCGCAGUCAGAAGGCGCCGCAGAGUGUGCGAAUGCAGCGAUACAAUCGCAGCUUCAUCAACAAGGAGUAGCUGCGCCUGCCACGCCCCUAACUUGUAUAGUUCCUAUCUUGUAUAUAUAUAUAUUUCGAUUAAGGUAUAUUUAUUGAACAGCAAAAAAACACACACAAAUGAAAUAAACUUAGACUUAAGCUGAAAAAGUAAAUAGUCAUUCGCUUACGUUAGUUGAGAA